GGAUGCAUCUUUGGGAAGAAGAUCGAUACAAAAGGAUUUCACAGUUUUCCCGUGUCUAGUGUGUUAGUUUUGCAUUAUCUAUAUAUUUUUAAGCUAAAAAUACAGAUAUUUUCGUAUAUCCUUUUCCUUUUAUUAGGGGGAGCGUGAGGAAGACUGGAUAGGAGCAGAAAUAAAUGCUUAACGCAGCCGAGAUUAAUGCCGUAGUUGAGAGUGGAGUAGGCGAUGGCGUGCAACUUGCCAUUCUUCUAGAGGCCAACGGUACCGUGAUCAGCUCCGCGUUCGCGUGUUCGAAGAAAGAAAGAGAAGAGGUGUACGCCCCGGUAGUUGCGGCCACCAUGAACAUCUGGCGUUUGUUUGGUAGAAAUGACUUAACCAUAAAUAAGAUUUCAUUGGAGGAAGAGCCAGACGCGCUCGAACAGGUUCUGGUAGACUUUGGAGAUAAAAAGCUGUGCGCGAUGUCGGUAGCUGAAAACGUCAUUUUAUGUUUGAUGUCGAACAACGCCGCAGUUCAGGUUGGGAGGCUGAAGCUUAAGACGAUGCUGCUGCAGCGCCAACUGGAUGCCAUUUUACGCCCUAUUAUGGUGGAAUCAAGGACCUAGCAUGAUUCUUUUUGCAUAGAUAUUCAUAUAUUUAUACACUACACUACCCUUUCCAAGUGGGAAGGGGGGAGGCUGCUUAUGGUAAUCUUGCUUGCUUCGUUAUAGUGCAUAACUCACAUUCUCACCAUAAUGAAAGAAAAAAA